AUGGCGUCCACCGCCACCGACCCAGAUCGCGAAUCCCGCACCUCCAUCUCCGCCAUCCCCAUGCACGAACUCGAGCCCUCCCCGGUCGACGAAGAGACCGAUCCCUUCGACUCGUCCGCGUCCCUCCCACUGCCCGCAACCUCAAAGAAGACGACCUCGUCAACCAACUUCCUCGGCCUCACCCCCUCCCGCACAAUCCACCUCCUCUCCUCCAUACAGAAAUACGCCACAGUCGGCCCCUCAAUCUACCUGACCCUCCACUACGCCAACACAGCCCUCAUCCCGCUCUUCACGCAAUCCCUGCACAAAUCCGACAACCUCCUCCUCCUGACGCGGCCCUACUACCAAUCCUUCCCCAUUGAGCCCCUGCUCAUCUUCGCGCCCGUCGUCGCGCACGUGGCCUCGGGCAUCGCCCUGCGCGUCUACCGCCGGCGACAGAACGCGAAGCGCCACGGCGCCGAAACCCACAGCGAGCGCCGCCGCAUCCCCUGGCCUAAGCUGAGUCUGACAUCGGCGCUGGGCUACGCUCUCUAUCCCAUGUUCGUGGCGCACGUGCUGGUCAACCGCAUCACGCCGCAGAAGGUGGACGGCGGCAGCUCCGGCGUCGGGCUGCGCUACUUUGCCUACGGGGUCGCCAGGCAUCCGGUGCUGGCGAACCUGGGCUAUGUGGCCAUGUUGGGGGUGGCGAGCUGGCACUUCGUGGGCGGUGCGGCCAAGUACCUGCGUGUCUCGAGGGAGUAUGUGACGGAGGGGGGAGACUAUGGGGCGAGGAAACGGCGGAGGCGGGGAUGGAUCGUCAACGCCCUUUCGGCGGUGGUGGCGGGCGCGUGGAUUGCCGGUGGCCUCGGCGUGGUGGGCAGGGGAAAGGACGGCGGGUGGCAGAGCUGGGAGACUGCCAAUUGGGACCGUAUCUACAAAGCGGUACCGUUGGUUGGCCGAUGGAUGUAG